AUGCAACGGCUGAAUGGAUUGAACGUGGAUGAGGAUUUGGUGAAGAGGAACGACUCGCGUCUCAUCCCCGGACGCACUCGAUUCCUGAAUCCCGUCGACGUCGGGGAUCUCGCCGUGCGGGGCUGGGUCGACGGGGUCCGACUGGAGGACUUCCUCGAGACGCUCGUGACCACGGAGUUCGAUCGGAAGGUUGCGGGGAGGUGGGAGUUCCUGGAUGACGUCAUCGUCUCGGGGAAAAUAGUGACACCGUCCAUCAACGGGAUCAAGAUGGAGGAGAUCGUGACUCGAUCGGGAACUCACAAGAUCAAAGGACGAAAGGUCAUCAAAGGAGACGUCACGGUCAAAGGAUCCGUCGCCGUCGGCAAAAUCAACGGGAAAAAUAUUCGGGAGUUGAGCGAAAUCAUCUUGAUGAAAGAUCGGCCGCAAGAAAUCUGCUGCACUGCGACUUUUAAAGGUCCGGUGACGGGCGGCGGGAUCAACAUGAACGUGAUCGGGACGGCGAACGGCUACGACGUCUCGACGUUCCCCCGACGGCUGGAGAGCUGGGUCAGGGACUCGAUGGGGAGGGUGGAGGCGCUGGGGAGGGGGCUCAAGGGGGUGCAGGACAAGUACUUUGAGUACUUGCGGCGGGGAUGGGGGGGGGAGGAGGAGUUGGCGUAUUUCGUGGAACAUGGAGUGUUGGAGGUGGGGUCGGUGACGCAUUUCAUCGGAGUUCGAUUCGGGGGCGACGAGGGGAUUUAUUGCAUCUAUGCCGUUCCCUGCAAAAGUGCUAAAGGCUCUUGUCAAUGCUACGAGACGCGGGUGCUGGUGAUGGAUCGAGACGGGGGGUUGAAGACCUCGGGGUCGCCCAAGCCUCACAGAUAUUUCCCUUUCGUGGCGCCUGCACAGGACGGGGCCUUUCUGCUCUAUUCGGACAGCUACGCGGAUCGACCGGGGUGUGCGUCGCCGGAGGCGCAGUUGAUGAUCCAGUCGCUGUCGUUGCGGGGGGGACUCACGCUGGACACGGAGGGGGAGGGGCUGCUGGGGACGGUCACCUUGCAGGGGUAUCCCAUGGGGUUCCUGUCGGAUGUCGAGUAUUUCACGCACGAUAGGAGGUUGUAUAUGGUGGUGUGCUCCUAUUACGAUCGCCGGUUGGAGUCUACGAAUCUCAAGGCGAUCCUGUACAGCUAUGAUGAGUUGAAGGGGGAAUGGGUGGAGAUUCAAUGGAUUCCGACGCAUGGGGCCAAGGCUAUGGCUCUCGUCCAUCAUCGUUAUGGCAUCGACUUGGUCAUAUGCAAUGCCUUCGACUCCGUGAAGCGAUCUGCUACGACCAAGUCCAUCAUCUUUCGAUUCCUUCCUCGAGAGGAAAAGUUCGUGCUGAUCCGGGAGGUGACGACGGAGCACGCGUCGGACGUGGUGGGCAUGAUGUCGGCGUCGGGGAAGGUGUUGGUGGCGAUCGCCCAGGAGAAGGGGGACGUUGUGGGUGGGGGAGGGAAGAUGGAGAGGAAUUCGGCCAGGGUCGUGGUGUUGGCGUAUUCGGGGGAGAAGGGGCAGUACUUUGUGGUGCAGAACGUGCCGGAGUAUGGGGUCACGGGGUUGGCGUCCUUCGCUCUUCACGGGAGGACGUACCUGGUGACGAGCUCUCCGCACUUCAAUCGGAUCGGGAUCUACCAGUACAAGGGAGCGAGUGGGUUCAGGCUCGUUCAGAGGAUUCCGUUCAAGGGAGUGGGGAAGGUGCAUGCGUAUCGGAAGGAGGGGGUUGGGAUGUUCGUUGUUGGGUCGUCGGCAGGGAGGAGUAGGGUGUUUAGGGCGAGGGUGUGGGGGAGGGGGGAGGGGAGGGGUUGA